GCUGCAUUUUGUCGGAUGUCAUUUGUCAAUGGUCGUGCUGAAUAGGAUUUUAUGUGAUUGUUUUUCGAAUAUUAUUACUAUUAUUUACAUUAGCCUAGGUGAAAACCUCUGUUUUUAAUUCAUAAAUAUGGCAGAAGCCAGAAGUGCUGUUGGUGAACCUAUUGUUCAUGCACUAGAUGAAGAGGAAUCGAAUUCAUAUUUGGCAGCUUUGAACGAAUUUCGACGUUCGACAAGACGGAGGUUCUUUCGCACAAGGAAUCAAAUCAAAAAUGGAAUGUGGCCAACAUCAUGGUGGAAUCUUGGUGUAACUGUUGCAUUAGUAUCCAUAGUGAUAGUGACUGAUCUUGAUAUAUUCAAAGGAAUUAACAGACGACUAUGGGCUUUCGGAGAAUACUUCUAUAUAACCAAUGCGCCUCCAUAUUUUUAUUUAAAGGUUUUAAUUUUAUCAUGGCUUUUUGGAAUCUUCUUCUUCAUAAUUGUGUUGUAUGUUAGACGUUAUCUACUUCGACUUCUCUUGGCAUACAAGGGCUGGCUGUAUGAGCCACCAACAAAGCAAUCAUGGAUAACAUUGCUAUGGGGAGCUGCAAUGAGGCUAAUCACUGGACCAAGCCCAUCAACCUUCAGUUGUCAACAGAGUCUACCACGCAUGCCGGUGCCAUGUUUACCAGCAACCAUCAGAAAGUUCAUGAAAUCUAUAAAACCACUAGUUAGCCAAGAGCAGUAUGAACAAUUUAAAAGGGAAGGCAAGGAGUUUGAACAAAAAGUUGCUCCUAAGCUUCAAAAUUUCCUCCACUUGAAAAGUUGGUGGGCUCAGAAUUAUGUAACAGAUUGGUGGGAGAAAUAUGUCUACCUGAUGAAUCGAUCACCAAUCCACAUUAAUUGUAAUUAUUACGGUCUUGAUAAUGUUAUAUGGAAACCAACUGAAUUCCAAUGUGCUAGAGCUGGUGCUGUCGCACACAUGCAUAUGUGUUUUAAGAGGCUACUGGAGCGGGAGCAACUACCUGCGAUGCGUAUACGUAACACUAUAUCUGUUUGUAUGUCCCAAUACGAGCGUGCUUAUGGCACAACCAGGAUUCCAGGAGAGGAAAUUGAUGAUUUGGUUCACGUGGACUCUUCACAAUCAAAGCAUAUUGUUGUGAUGAGGAAAGGGAUAUACUACAAGGUUGACAUGAUGGACAAAAAGGGGCAACUACUGUCUCCAAAAGUGCUAGAAGGUAUCAUGGAAUGGAUCAUUGAGGAUGCAGACAAGCAACAAGAAUCAGAAUCUGCAACAGCUGGGGCAAAUCUUGCUGCAUUGACAGCUCUGAAGCGUGCUGAUUGGGCAAAGAUCCGCAAGGAAUAUCUGUUGCAUGGGGUCAAUCGAGAAUCUAUGGAGAAAAUAGAAAAGGCAGCUUUUGUGCUUACUCUGGAAACAGUGUCACCAGAGAGCAUGGAAGAUAGAAGCAGAUACAUGAUUGGUGGGAAUGGUACGAGUAUGUGGUUUGACAAAUCAUUAUCUUUAUGUUUCUUUGCGAAUGCAAGAUACGGUUUCAAUGCGGAACAUUCCUGGGCGGAUGCACCUGUUGUCGCCCACAUGCAGGAAUUCUGUAUGACAGAAGAGGUGCUUGGAGAUCUCUAUGAUAAGGAAGGUCAUUGCAAGGACGUAGUGGGAGUUAAACAAGCUACAUAUAAACUGCCCUCUAUGUUGGUGUGGGAAGUAAACGAACCCUUUGCAGGCCACAUUGAAAGGGCAAGGAAUUUUGCCAUCCAGAAUAACAGUGACUUGGAUUUAUGUGUAGAGGUUCAUGAGGAUUAUGGGAAGGGUUUCAUCAAAAAGUGUAAGGUGAGUCCUGAUGCCUACAUACAAAUUGCCCUCCAAUUAGCAUACUACAAGGAUGCUGGAAAAUUCGCUCUUACAUAUGAAGCCUCCAUGACUCGCCUGUAUCGAAUGGGACGGACUGAAACCGUACGAUCACUUACGCCAGAGAGCUGUCAGUUUGUAAAGGGAAUGGUGGAAGAUAAUCGUUCAGAUGAGGAAAAGGUGCGACUUCUCCAUGAAGCAGCCAAAGUUCAUGUGCAAUUAUACAAAGAUUCAAUGAGUGGCCGUGGGGUUGACCGACAUCUGUUUGCACUUUACGUCCUCUGUAAAGGAUUUAAUCAGGAAAGUGAUUUCUUACAUCAUGCACUAACGAUGCCCUGGACUUUAUCAACAAGUCAAACACCACAGCAACAAAUGCCGUCUAGCCCCAAAAUUGACUAUGCAAAUCGAGACAAAGCUUGCCCUGGAGGUGGUUUUGGCCCAGUGUCUGAUGAAGGCUAUGGUAUAUCCUACAUGUUUCCCGAAGAGUCGAUGAUUUUCUUUCACGUGUCAUCCAAGAAGUCUUCUCCGUUAACAGAUUCUCGACGGAUGCAACACAAUAUAUGUGAAGCCCUAGCAGACAUGAAGAAACUUUUUCAGAGUGUGGAAUAAGAUAAUAAUUAGAGUUUGAUACAGUUUUUCUGGUGUUUUAAAAUUUUAACGCAAUUUGUUAAGAAAUGCAAAAAAAUGUUCCAUUUUAAAAAUAUGUUGUAAAAUAAAUAAUACUGGUUGGUGCAUAUUAAGUAUUUUAAAAGAAAUUUCAGUAAAUAUGACAAUUCAAUUCUUGCUUUAGCAUGUGCUCUGUAAGAUUGAUAUUACAACAGGGUCUUUGUUACUGUAUGAUGUGUUUUUGUAAAAUUCAUUAAAUAUGUGUGUUUAUAUGACUAAAUUAUUGUAAUGUUGGAGAUAUUUAAACAUGCCUGAUAUGGAUAGCCCUUAGCACAAUUAGCCUUACAUGAUUUCUUUUGAUUAUUCUCAUUAAUUUAAUUAGAUUACAUACACAUUAAUAAAAAGUAUGAGUCGUCCAUACUAGUGUGUUAAAUAAUAUGUAAUUAUAAUAUAGGUGCCUUCCAUACACUAGUUAGAAAUUAUUGAACAAAGUAGGGACAUUGUUUGUCUGCACUAAUCUCUUGUAAGUAACUAUCUAGAUCUAGCCAGAGAAAAUCUAAAAAUUGUAUACAAAAUUCAAAAGCUUCAUCACCUCUUUUGUCCAUGAAAGUUUACCUAGGCCUCAAAUAUUCCAAAUGUUGCAGGUUUUUUUGGUUUUUUUUCGUAUUGGCAGCUAGAAAUUUCUUAUACCUGUAUUCUUAUCCAGUUAUUGAGAUUAAAGUGAAUGUUUCUUCAGGUUGUAAUUUCAUUCCUUUACUUUAUGAAUGCCAUGUUUACAAUAUUACUGUAGAUCAGUGGUAAUGUAAACAGUGUUUUCAACACUGCCUUGCAUGCAUUCAGAUGUUAGCAAAAAUAUACCAAUAAACAAUACUGAUUGUAUCAUCUUCAUGUAAAUAGAAAAUUGGUUUUUGUGGUCGAAUAGAUAGGGGUAAAACAGACCGUGCGCUAGAUGUAAAUUAGUAUAUGGAAUAGGAUAACAAAAAUGCAUGUGGGUGAAAUGAUGAUUUAAGUAUUGUUUUAUGUUAAUAAUAAUAUACAAGUAUUGCAGAUUUCAGGGCAGUGAUGGGCAUGAUAAAAUUAUCAAGACCUGUGGGUUGCAAACUUUCUAUAGAAAGUCUUACUUGUAUCCGUUUUGUUUCAUUUUUUUCAAUAAUUUCCUGCUCAAAAAAUAGUUGCCCUUUUUAUAUAAUACUGUAAUAAUAAUAUUUAUUGUACCUUAAAAGUAUUAUACCUUUCUGAAAUGUCCUUUGCUCGCAUACGUAAAUGUCAAACAACUCCUUUUUUUGUACUCCAUACUUAAUAACUAAAUUAAAGGUUUCUUACAUUUUUUUAGAUAAAUUUUAGAUAAAAUUAGAUUUUUUUUCUUUUGAUUGCUUUUUCUUUUGCUUUCAUUUUCGUAAUGUGAUGUCUUUCAAAAUUGAAAAUCAUAUAUGAUAGAAAGUUAUUCUUACAUGAUUGUCUUUUUUAAGCUUCAUAUAAUUGCUCUACAUUUUAAGUUGUAUAUUAAAAACAUCCUUUAACUGUUAAAUAUAGUUAGGAUCUAGCUUGUUGUAGGAAACUCAAAAUAGAAGUAGAAUCUAUAAGGGUUGUUAAUGGGUUAUAAAAAUUAGUAUUGUUCUAUUGUAUUGUGCUGUUUCUAUUGUGUCUAUAGUAUACACACUCUACACAAUCAUCAUUUUGUUAAAAUUUGAGUCACUAUCAUAUAGUUGAAAUAUAUCUUGUUUAUAAUUUGAUGUUAAAAUUUGCAGGGUAUAAAUCUCAUAUUCAGUGGCAUAUGUAGGAGUUUUGAAAUAUGAUGGGGGGGUGGGGCUGAUGGGGAAGCAAAGGUGAAGUGGGGGCUCGAUGAUGAGGUGAAGGGGUCCAGGGAUGGUGCCAGCAGGGGCGGUGGAAGGGGGCUUAAGCCCCCCCCCAUCGGCCAAACCUCGUUGGGCAGUUGGACCAAAAAAAAAAGGGUCUAGUUUUCCCAUCAUAGUACUAUACUGCCUACGCCAAGCCAAAUCUGUCUCGGCAAUCACUUCGUCUGGGUUUGAUCAGUCAAGCAGAACAUAACAAUGGUGAAUCGACCAUUGACAGCCAUCUAGAAGUCACAAUUUUUCUUUAAAAAUCUUGUUUUGGGAAUGGAAACACCCCCCUCACAUACCCACCCCUGGCUGCCCUCGGAUAACGCUGUGCGCUAUAGUUACACCCUUAAAUACUUGAGCCUUUACAUCAACCUUUAUGUGAGUGGUCUUUGGUGUUAAAUCAAAAAUUCUCUUUGGCCCUCCGACCCAUUUUUGGUUCCUAUGCUUUCAAGCAAAGGAACCUUUAGGAUGCGCUGUUUUUUUGUAAACAGGCAAAGGCGACUUACCAGAUAUCUGUUCGUUAUGAACGUCUAUACCAAACUGGAUAUGACGUCGUGCCCUAUUUAAUAAUUUUCUAUUUUGACGAAAAGAAUAGUAAACUGCAUAAGAGGAAAAAUUUAUGGACUGUUGUUUACUUUCGUUGUCCAACUGUCUUAAAUGUGAUGGAUUGGACUCCAGGGACUUUCCUGGGUAGUAUGGACAGAAAACUUUAUCUGCACUCCAAAAAGCAUCAAUUUUAUACCCGAUACUGUGGUUUGGAUAAGGUUCUACAGACACAGCAUAGAAUUGUGUUGUGGUUUGAUAAAAACAUACUUGACAGGAUAAUCCUUUUGCAGCUUCUAUCGGAAGCUAGACUAUGUAUAGUAAACCAUUGUUGGCUCCGAUCCAUAGUUAAUGUAGGGGGGGGGGGGGCCCC